AUGGAGACAAGCAAUGGGGGUGACCGUGCUGAGAUGUUCACAGCCGCGAGAUCGGGUGACCUAGACCAGAUCAAACGUCUCGUCCGGCAAGGAGAAUCACUCGAAGAGCAAGAAGUCGAUGGACGGACCAUCCUCUACUUGGCCUGCAAAUAUGGCCGCUACGAAUUGGCCAACUUUCUGCUCAAUGGAACAAGGGACACGAUUCCUUCCCUUAAUGGAUCGACAGCAACCCCUACAGUAAAGGAACAGUUCGCUACCCAAAGCCCUGAAGUGGCAGUUGAUGCGGAAAGAGAUGACGAGACUAUACGGGAGAACCACGGCCUCGUCAUUCGCCUGGCCGGCGACGUCGAUACUCCCACAGGUGCUCCCGGCGCCCCUCAACCCCUUAACCAUAGCGGCAGCGCCCUACUACACAUACCGAAUAAAAGAGGGCAAACGCCGCUAUUCGUUGCAGCUUACAAGAACCACAAGAAGGUGGUGGAGCUUCUACUCGAUGCCGGCGCCGAGAUUGAUACACCAAGCAACGUAGGCCAGACACCACUCCAUACAGCUGCUGAGAGGGGAAGUCAUAGCAUAGUGAAGCCACUCUGCCAAAGGGGUGCGAAUCUUAACUCGAAAAGCAAUAACGGUCAGAGCGUCCUUUACUCGGCAUUGCUGAACAGCCAUUACGAGACUGCAGGGUUUCUCAUCUCCGAGGGUGUUGAUUUGAACAAUCAGCACGAGCCAGGUCGAACGGCUCUCUACUUCUCCAUCGACCAUGGCCUGCUCGAUAUAGCCAAGUUGAUCAUCAAAAAAGGUGCAAAUAUCGAGAUUGGCAAGCCACUGCGCCAAGCUUCUGCCAAGGGAUAUUUGGAAGUAGUCAAGGAGCUCUUGGCUGCUGAUACCAAAGUUGUGAACCAGCAGGAUCCAAACCAUAGGGAUCAGACGGCUUUGCAUGCGGCAGCAGCUAGAGGCUAUUUUGAUAUUGUGAAGCUACUGGUUGAGACUGGAGCGAAUUCGAGGGCGACAAUGAGCAACGGACAAGUGCCGUUGCAUUUAGCUUGUGCCCGUGGCUGGCUCGAUGUUGCCAAAUACUUACUCGCUGAUUGCCCUGAGCAAAUCCAUUCUGUUGAUUGCAAUGGCUUCACGCCACUUCAUCUCGCUUCCCAGAGUGGUAAUCUUAAACUUAUCAAACUUCUCCUCGAAUAUGAUCCCUUCACGAUUGUUUCCAUCAAUGAACCAUGUUCGGCAGACCAUAGCUCUAAGUCUCAACAGCAUCCGGAAUUAACCAUUAUCACGGAUGAUGUCAACGUUCGAAAUAAGAUGGGCUGGACACCGCUUCACUCAGCGGCUAAUUCGGGUCAUCAUGAUGCUGUCAAACUUCUACUUGAAAAGGGUGCCGAUCAUUCGAUCUCAGAUAUUUCGGGCUGGACCCCGCUUCAGUCCGCGUCCUUCUACGGGUACAAUCAGGUUUUCGAAUCGCUUCUCGAACUGCCAGAUUGUGAGCCUCUCAAGACUGAUGAUUUUGGUCGCACGGCAUUAUUCAUAGCCGCUUCACAGGGCCACCACGAAAUAGUCAACAAGCUACUUGCUUUACCUGUGAUGAACACCGACAUCAUCCUCCAGAGGGAUAUUUACAACUCAACUCCAUUAUGUGCAGCCAUGAGAAAUGGAUAUCAUAAAACCGCCGCCGAGCUCCUUAAGGCUGCCAGACCUCCAUUGGAUUCCAAAGAUUUCAAUGGAAAGACCUUGGCCGGUUGGGUGCGAGCUUCCGCCAGUGCGCAGCUUAAAGACUUGUUCCUCGACACCGACUGGGAUGGGGAGGUUAAGAAUCGCACUGUAAGCAAGGCCAGGAAUUUUUGCGAUUCAUUCUGCCACGUGUGUAUGAAGCAUGUGACGCAUAAGGACUCCCGUUACUGGUGUGAUAUAUGUGCAGGUGGGGUUUUCAUCCUCUGCAAGGGCUGCUAUGAUGAAGGUUCGACAUGUCCCGGCUCCCACGAACUGGUAGAGGUGAAGAAAUGCUUGAUUCACUAG